UCUCCCCUGCUUUGAUCUUCUCCAUCCCCUUCCUGCUCCUUUUCUCUCGUAUUUGGCUCCAUUUUUUGUGGAAGAGGAGAGCACUUGUCGCGUCGAUGCGAGGAUGUCUCGUAGCCGAGAAACUCGAGGAGAAUGUACCGAAGGGGACUCCAUACUUGUCACGCCUUGUCCCCGAAACUCUGAGCCGCUUGCGAAUUCCAGUUGCCGACAGAGAUGGAACUCAUCGCCACCGCUCCAGAGACAGAAUGCAACGCAAGGAACAGAGUCGAAGAAAACGAAUCUUGCAGAGAAGAUCAGACGAGGAGAGAAACAGAGAGAAGAGACAGGAGACAGAGGAGACGCAACAGCGAAGGAAAAGCAGACGUACUUUUUCCGGCCGUCAGGGAAACCUACCGUUUCGUAGAGCGCAGAGAACUGUCCCGAGAAAGGGGGUUCUCAGAUUUCCAUGUCAUUUUCCAUUUUUCGACAAGUGCGAAUCUUCAGAACCGCAACUUGUUUUCUCCGGGAAGUCUUUUUGCUUCCGUCACUUUUUCUCUGAGUCUACAUCGGCCAAGUUCUCGGCGCAGGAUGUGAAGUGCUGCCGUCACUUGUGAGCACUCCUGCAGAUGCGAUUUCGGUCGGAACCGUCGGACGGUUGGAGUCAUCAUCUGAGCCAAGGGCAGAGCGACUUCCAAAAUCCCCAACAGAGAAAGGUGCAGAGAAUCAAUGCAUCGCCCUGUAGAAAACGAGGUGCUCGAGAGAGACCGUCUAUGCGGCUGGAAGCUCUCUCGGAAAUCUAUUCUCUGUGCACAGCUCAGGGAAUCCUGUAUUUAAGAACGUCAGGCGCCUUCCCCCCCAAUUGAACCUGAUUCUUCUGUCAAGUACAGAAAAAAAUAAAAUGCCCACUCUGCGUCCGUUCUCACACAGAAGACAGACACCUACGCUGAGCAAAGCACAACAGUUUCCUCGCCUUUCAGAGGGAAGCACGAACUCUCCAGUCGCGGAGACGUCCCCUGCACACACUUUUGACACCUACUCACAUUCUUGUGUAUACAUUUAUAUUCAUAUAUUUAUAUAUAUAUAUAUAUAUUACUUAUAUAAUAUAUAUAUAUAUAUAUAUAUAUAUAUUUCCAUGUGCGUGGACAUGCAAGUACUCGUGUUUGUUAGGAAAGAGCUGAAAAGUGUAGGAAUCUAUAUGGACGGUUCGUUUCAACAUGGUUUCUAUUAUAGAUCUAGAUACAUGGAAAUGCAUGCCUUGGUGGGUCCUUUUGAACACAUGCAUGUAGACAUUUGUUUGAUUUCUUUUCAAUGUGCUUGUGAUCUGUCUUUUGCUGUUGGCUGCGCAAGCCAAGCCUCGGGAGUA